AUGCUUCCUACAUUGAUCGCUUUAUAUUGUUCAAUACUCACUUUACCAUUAGUUUGUGGUCGACCACCAAUUAAACUUCAAACAACAACUCAAGAACCAUUAACAUUCACAUUGAACUUGACACAAUUCAUUCACUGUACCAACAUAACCAGAGAUCAAGUAUCCGUAUGGAAAGAUGCAGAUGAAUCCCCUUUGAUUACACCAAACAAUGAAACUUCUAAUUAUGAUGAAGAUAUUUGGUUAGAUUGUGUUGCAGAGCAAGAUGUUGGUGCUUUAGUAUCUGUUAGUGAUGGAACUUAUUUUGAAGAUUCUGAUACUAAUGUUGAUCAAGAAUCAAAAGAUAUAUUAAGAUGGAAAGGAUUUCGUUAUUUUGUAGCAAAUCCUGAUGAGCUUUUAUUAGAUAGAGAUGUUCCUUUGGUACCUGGUAUAUUUGGAAAUGUUUUCGAUACAGCUUGUGCAGUGUGUUGUGAGGGGGAACAAGGUCAGGCAUGA